GUCAGUUAGUACUUUAUUGCUCUUCGCGAGGACAAACGUGUCAACAAUUUAAACGUUGAAGUAGUACUUCUACACCAUAAUGUUUUUCCUUUUAUUAUUGUUUCUGUGCUCACUUUUGGCAAUAUUCAUAUUAAAAAAUAAAAACAGUGACUAUUGGAAGAAAAGAAAUGUAGUUCAAGUCAGUGGAUUACUCUCGAAAUUCUAUUUUGGGAAUGUAUCUUUACCUGAAGUCUACAAGAAAGUGUACGAUGACUAUCCCGGAGAACCUUACGUUGGUAUUUUCCUUGGAAUGAGGCCAGCGUUGCUGAUACGAGACGUAGAAAACGUACAAGCAGUAAUGGCAGGAGAAUUCCAAAGUUUUUAUAAGCGAGGAAUCACGCUAAACCCGCAAGAUGUCCUAGCUGACAAUGUUCUGUUCAUAGACGAGUUCGGACGCUGGAAAAUUCUGAGACACAAACUCUCUCCUAUUUUCACGAGCUCGAAGCUAAAGAACAUGUUUUAUAUUCUUGAAAGAUGCGGUCGAGACUUCGUAGAACGGAUCAAACAGGACCCGAAAAAUGUGGAUAAUCCUUUCGAGGCAUUGUAUUCGUAUACUACUGCAUCCAUAGCCGCAUCAGUAUUUGGUAUUGAUGCUCAAGUCAAAAACACGAUGGAUUCUCCACUUUUGGAUAUGGUAAAGAAAGCUAUAGCUCCAACUUUGAAGUCUAACCUCAUAUUUGCUAUAGCUAAUAUAUCCCCGCGUUUGUUACAAGUUUUUAACUUGAAAUCUUUUGGCGAUUACGAAGAGUUCUUUGUUGGUGUUGUGAGGAAAGUUAUUGAAAAUAGAAGAAAUGAAAAACAAAGACGACACGAUUUCAUUGAUAUAUGCUUGGAGCUACAAGAUCAGGGGAUGAUGAAAGAUUUUACAACGGGAUAUGAAUUGGAACCAUCUGUUGAAGUAUUGGCGGCUCAAGCGUUUUUUUUCUUUGUAGCUGGUGCUGAUACUUCAGCCAAUACAAUGCAUUUCACUUUACUGGAACUGUCAAACAACCCGAACAUUUUAAAAAAGGUCCACAAUGAAAUCGAUGAGGUAUUUGAUAAGUGUGAUGAGAAGUUGACGUAUAGCGAUGUUUAUGAAAAGUUUCCAUAUUUAGACAAAGUAGUCAAAGAGGCUUUGAGAAAAUUUCCCCCAAUUGGUAUGAUUCAACGCAAGUGCACGAAGGAUACAAUACUGCCUGUUGGUGGAGUGAGAGUCGAUAAAGAUUGUACCAUUGUAUUGCCAGUGUAUGCUAUACAUAGAGAUGAGAAUUAUUAUCCAAAUCCUGAUGUAUUUGAUCCAGACAGAUUUUCGCCCGAAAAUGAAGCUGAAAUACCAAACUACGCUUAUUUGCCCUUUGGUGAGGGGAAUCGCAUCUGUUUAGGUAUGAGACUUGCGCGUUUGCAGGUGAAAGUUGGACUGGCUUGGUUACUCAGACGUUACACACUGGUCCCGCAGUCUGUGGUCCCGGAGCAUUUUGAACCUAGUGUCUUCGCGUUAAGGGCCUCCAAAUAUCGUUAUGAUUUAGUUCCCAGAUCAACUAAUUAACGUGCUUAGGGAAAAUGGACAGGAUGACGACCCGGUGGUGUAAUGGUUAACACGCUCGCUAGUUUGACAAGCGCUGCGGGUUCAAGUUCAAGUCAGAUUUUUAAAAUUUUUAAGUUAUAGUUUUAGAUAAAUGCAAUAAAAAAUGUAAAACACAGUUGUGUACUAUAUGAUUAGCUAAUAACUAGUAACCCGCUAUGUGCGAGGAUCUUUUUUAAUAAGAUUGGCUAUAUAAGCCACAUUGAAGCAGUCGCCGUAGCAGAAAUCGGCUGGAUCACAUCAUAAUCAUCAACUUGUAACAUAUUAAACAAAUUAAAUCACAAUGAAAUACAUGAAAAAGAAAAAUAAAGAAAAUUUAAAGUAAUACAAAUAAAAACAAACAAAUAAAAGAAAGGAUGCAGGUCGUGUCGUAUCAGGAAAUGAAGGAUUUGGUGGAAAAAAAAGGAAUGACGAUUACUCCUACGAUAAGCGCGCAGCUCUUAAAUGAUGAGAGAGAAUGUAAUACAAAAGAUAUAAAUUCUGUUUUGGGUAUUAAUAAAAAAUACUGUAAGUACACAUAAAAUAAUAAAUUAGCUGGUACUAUGUAAAUAAAAAGGACACAGUGUAAAGGAAACUAUUGCAGGUGCAGUGUGCCAUCAUUUUUAUUUAAUGCCUACUGUUUCUGAAUAAUUAUUUAUUAUUUUCCUGUUACUCGUAAUGGCAGGUAAAUGAAUGAGUUCAAAUAAACGAUCAAAUUAAAUGA